UCAAAAUAACAAAUCGAAACAUCAAAAAAAGAGAAGAAGAGAGAAUGGCAUCAACGGAGCAAAAGGAGGUAGAAGAAAAUGGGUCGAUGAUUUCAGGUUUGUUGGACAAAGCCAAAGGUUUCUUUGCAGAGAAGCUAGCGAAUGUUCCGACUCCUGAAGCCGCCGUAGACAACGUCGAUUUCAAAGGCGUGACACGUCAAGGUGUAGACUAUCACGCCAAGGUCUCCGUCAAGAAUCCUUACUCUCAGACGAUCCCUAUUUGCCAGAUCUCUUACGUCCUCAAGAGCGCCACAAGGACGAUAGCGUCGGGUACAAUACCGGACCCGGGUUCGUUGGUUGGGAACAAGACAACGGUUUUGGACGUACCGGUUAAGGUGGCUUAUAGCAUAGCGGUUAGUCUGAUGAAGGACAUUGGCUCGGACUGGGACAUUGACUAUCAACUCGACAUUGGACUAACCUUCGAUAUUCCUGUUGUUGGUGACAUUACCAUUCCUGUUUCUACUCAGGGUGAGAUCAAGCUCCCUUCCCUUCGCGACUUCUUUUAAUUUCAACUAUGGUUUGUCUUAAUUAUAAUCUAAUCUUCAAUAAGGUUCGACCCAUAAGCAUAGGCGAUCGGAUAUUUUAUUUCAGGAUUUCCUUUUUUUGUUAUUGAAUUGUUAAGGAUAUUUCGUAUUUGUUGACUA